GCCCAUGCACAGAACUAUAAAGGGCGCGUUUUUACUCCCGCAUCACCAUUCAUCGGGUCAUAUCUUCGAGUAUUCCGUUCGACAGUCCUUUCUAGGCUUCCUGUCGUCGGUAUUUAAACCCCCUCAUUCUUCCAGCAUUGCCAUCUCUUUGUCUUGCCCUCUCCAUCGUCUUUAGAGUCUAAUUCUCCCUCGAUGUCUUUUAACGAUAUUUAUGGCGGGUGGGGGCAAGGGCCUGCACCUUCAAUGUUCGGUGCUCUUCCUUACCCAACCCCUCCCGGCCCCGCCAAUUACGUGACCUUUUACCUCACGUCGUUCAACCCUUCGGUACUGAAUUGCACCGUCAUUGGACCCCAACAACGUCCCUUCUUUGCCUUUAUCACGGACUCCAAUAUGCCUACCUACACCGUGCUUAAAGACGCGAAGGACAGGAACAUCGCCCUUGUCGAGUGGCAACCGCAUCCACUGGUUGAGCUACGUGGAGUCAUAUCCAAGCAAAAAGUCAAAGACUGGUUGCGACUGUCUCAGGACAAGGCUUCCAGGACGAUGGAUGUCUGCGGGACGCGUUAUCUGUGGAUUCCGCGAGAGCAAUACAUUAAUCUUUAUUCGAGCGGGUCGUCUUCCCGUCUGCUCGCGAGGAUCUGCCGUGGUCAUGGAACAAUCACCCUUGACAUAGCCGCAGAAGCUAUGCAACUGGGACUACUUGAUGCAACUAUUAUUGCCACCAUGCUCCUACAGUGUGGGCAGAAUAUUGAUUGACUUGGAGUAUUUCAUUUCUCGGAGAAGGGAACAGUAUGCCUUCUUUUAUUUUCUGGUCUGACCAAAUGAGAGUCGGGAUCUAGCUUUAUCACCUGUUAUCCAUCUGAAACACUAGAGGAACUUAUCAACAAACCUUCACUUCUUAUAUACCACCACUUGGG